AUGCGACUACUCUUCAUACCUCUGAUGGCCCUGAUUCUGGGAUCUCUAGCUUGCUCGUCCGCAGGGAACCCCAUAGUGUUCACCUCCGACAUCGACGGCAACCGCGAGAUAUUCUCCCUCGACCCCGAACAAGCCGAACUCGUCAACCUGACUAAGAGCGCCGGCAGCGAGUACGCGCCCUCCCUAUCUCCCGACGGCACGCGCCUCGCCUUCCUCUCCGGCAACGACGACCACAACAUACUGAACGUCAUAGCGCUUGAUGGGGAGUCAGGCAGCGCAACGGCAAUAAGCACCUUAGACGGCAAUCACCGCGACCACCGAUGGGCGCCCUCCGGUGAACGCCUCGCCUACCUCGUUCAGAACGGCGGCAACCCCUCGACCCACGUCGCGAAAUACGACGGCUCUGGCUCAAUGGAACUGACGACUAUCGUGGCUCAUGAGGGCAUCUACGUCCGCAACCCCGACGGCGUCAACGAAGUCCGCCUCACCGAUCAGCCCGACUACAGUCCCUGCUGGUCGCCAAACUCCCACAAGAUCGCCUUCAUCUCCGAGCGCGACGGCAACCCCGAAAUCUACGUCAUGAACUCCGACGCAACCGAGCUGAAGCGCAUCACCGAGACCAGUGGCACGGAAUUCAAUAUCGCCUGGUCCCCGGACGGCAGAAAGAUCGCCUACUCCUCCGACCAGGACGGCACCCCCGAAAUCUACGUCGUAGAUAUCCGCGACGGCGAAGUACAGCGGCUCACCCGCAACAGCGUCCGCGACGACCAGCCCGCCUGGUCCCGCGACGGCAAUCGCAUCGCCUUCGUCUCAUACCUCGACGGCGACGGCGAGAUUGUCAUGAUGGACGCCGACGGCAAAAACCAGCAGCGCCUCACCAACAACCACUACAACGACUACGCCCCCACCUGGUAA